CACUUAUCAUGCCCGUUUCGUCUGUUACACUUGCUUGUCGAAGGUUCCGGAGCAUAAGCCUGGUUUGCUGCGGAGCGAUAUACAGUAGUACUGAACCCCAAGGUUGAAGAUGUCUAUGGUUUUGAAUUGUGCUGCUGCAUCACCUUCUUGUACCACAAAUUUGAUACAUAGGAGAUGGAAAGGGGAACGGUUACCUUCACUGUUCUCAGCAUCUGCUAAGCCAAAUGGGUCUCCGGUGAAUGCGUGUUUCUUCAAUCCCAUCCAGGAACCCAUUCUCAAAGAAGCUCUCAAGGAACCUGUUGCCUUCGCGGGAGGGAUAUUUGCUGGCCUUCUAAGACUUGAUUUGAAUGAAGAUCCUCUGAAGGAAUGGGUUGCUAAAACAGUCGAGGCCUCAGGAAUUACAGCUGAAGAAAUUGAGGCCAGUGAUGAUCAAGCAGAGGACACCCCUCAACAGAUAGAAAUUGAAUGACUUUUCUAUUCCGUCUUUCCGCGUUGACAAUGCUCUUGUAAAAAUACAAUAUUUGUUAUAAAACCUAUAAUCUGUAUGAUGAAAAAAAAAAAAAACGAUAAUUGUACUCUUAUAAAGAAAUCCAAAUCUACAUGAAACAUGAACAGACAUUUCUAUUGUUGUA